AUGUCGGACAAUAGCUUGUCUAAUGAGAAGGGGGAUAUUAGCACAACUGAACGCGUCGAUAAUAAUUUGAGAGUAAGGACGGAAGAUGAGGAAUACAAGUUCACGUUUGGCAAGUUCCUUGCCGUACUGUCAUUCCAACAAGGCUACAUGGCUGAUGUAUUUGUGAUCAUAAUGAGCUCCACCAUCCUACUAGAUAUCAAUCGCGACAUCGGCCCGAACCCAAACUACACCUGGGUCGCCAUUACGCCCACUCUAGGAGCUGCUGUCGUCUCGCCUUUAGUCGGGAGGAUGUCUGAUAUCUUCGGCCGACGAAACUUUCUUCUCGUAGGCAACCUUUUAGGUCUCAUUGGAUGUGCAAUCGCAGCCACAGCACACAACAUCAACGUCAUCAUCGGCGGCUCCGUGUUGAUUGGUAUCGGUAGCGGCCUCCAUCAAACUGCCUGGGCUUGUCUGGCUGAGGUCGUCCCGAAACGCGCUCGAUCGGUUGCGUCCGGGUUCUUUGAGAGUACGCUUGCGCUUGCGCAAGCUUUUGGCCCCGUCAUCGCUACCGUCUUUGUCAAACAUGCGUCAUGGAGAGCCAUCUACUGGCUUCCUUUCGCCAUGAACUGCUUCGCGGGUGCCUUGGUCUUCUUCUUCUAUCAUCCCGUCAAUCAAUACAUCCGAGAAGAAGGCAAGACCGUUUGGCAGCAGGCCGUCGCCCUCGACUGGGUCGGCACUUUUCUCCUCGUCUCAGGGCUCGUCUUGUUCCUCCUAGGCAUCACCUUCGGAGGCAGCCAGUUCCCUUGGGUAUCCGCAGGCACACUGGCCCCCUUGAUAAUCGGCUUCGUCCUGCUGGUCAUCCUCGGAUUCUACGAAGCGUACGCCGACAUCACAUAUCCCAUCUUCCCGCCCGCCAUCUUCAAACUCAUCCGCGGCUUCACCGUCGUCUUGGUCAGCGUGUUCCUGGUGGGCAUGAUUUACUACGCUACGGCAGUUCUUUGGGCCGAGCAAGCCGGUGUCAUUUUCACGACAGACCCGCUGAAGGUUGGGUGGUACGCGGGAGCAGUUGGGAUGGGUGGACUGCUCUUCGGGUCACCAUGUGGAUAUAUCUUCAAAGCGGUCGGCCACGCUCGCAUUCUCGUCACCAUCGCCGUCGGGGCUAUGGCGCUCUGCUGCGGCCUCCAAGCAAUCGUCACCCCCGGCUCCCACAUCGCCUCGACCAUCCUUGUCGUGCUGAUCGGCGGCUUCCUCUCCGCCGCCAACGUCUUCCAAGUCACCAUCGUCCAGCUCACCGUCGCCCACGAGUACAUCGGCGUCGCCAGCGCCCUCAUCACCACCGCGCGCUCCGUCGGCGGCUCCGUCGCCACGGCCAUCUACACCUCGAUCCUGAAGAACAAGCUCGUCGCCUUCAUCCCCAAAUACCUCGCGCUGCCGCUCGCGCUCGCCGGCGUCGCGCCCGUCUCGCUGCCCGCCGUCAUCGGCGCGCUGACCACAGGCACCGGGCUCGAAGCGCUGGCGACGCUGACCCCGCAGCAGCUCGAGGUCGGGGUGUACGGGCUCAAGGAGAGCUACGCGCACGCGUUCCGGGUGGUGUAUCUGGUGACGAUUGCGUUUGGGGUGCUGGGCACGAUUGCGGUGUGCUUUACGGCGAAUGUGGGCCAUUUGAUGACGCGGAAGGUGGAUAUCAGGCUCGAGGAGGGGGCGCAUUUGCAUGGGGCGGUGGAUACGGGGGAGGGGCAUGUGAUUCAUCAUGGGGAGAAGGUGUGA